CAAAUGAGGUAGCUCGAAAAAAUCUGUCUAAAUUUAGGAUAUAAUCCAUAUUGUCUUGGUAAAAAAGACUUGUCAUAUAAUCUUGAGGAUUUACCCAGCUUCGAGGUGAUUGACAUAGCUAAUCUGGUGCAGCAGACCUCAUAUUAUACAGCGAGCCAGAAAUUCCAAAUUCAUGCUGUAGUUCUAUGUUAAUGUUGCAGUAAGUCAUACUGCAUUACUGCAAUGUUGGUCAACCAUUUGCAGCUAGGGUGUGAAAAUAAUAUAUCUAAUCUUAUAUGUGAAUGCUCAUUUUUGUAAGUAACUGUCCAAUAAAAUAUCUGAAAAUACUAUUUGAACAAUGCGAUCGUUACCUGUAAGAAAGUGGGUGCUGCAAACUCUGGCAGUGUUAGCUUCUUCCCCUCAUGUUUUUAGCCGUAGAUUGUAUAUCCACUUUCUUGUCUUUUUUUGGUACAUUUUGUUCAUAUUAACUUUCUACCAACUUCCUUUGAAACACAAAAAUAAUAUUUAUCUUUCUCUCUACUAGAACGGCUGGAACAACCGUACAUGACAGACUUUAGGCAUUUUGAAGCUGGGUCAAGAGAAGUAAACAGGCUGCAUUUACUUCCUGCCCUCUAUCUGUGUAAAGGGUGGUAUCAAUGAAUUUCCAGAGGUCGUUUAGGCAGGUUUCAAUGAGAUUGUUUUUUUAUUCUGGGGGAGAAGAGCAAACCAAAUCAACCUCCUUUCCAACUCACUCUCCCUGCACUCCAGGCCCACAGCAGCAUGGAACAACACUGUCAGCUAACAUUUCUUUUCUUAGAUUUAACAAAAAAUAGUAUAACUUAAAAUAAAAAAAACAUACCUGGGGGAGAAGAGCAAAAAAAAUUAACCUCCUCUCCAACUCACUCUCUCUGCACUCCAGCCCUAAAUGUGAAAAUACAACCCAAUGUUCAACCGAGCUGUGCUGGACUAGCACUGGUAAAAAAAGGAAAUUAUAAUAAAACUGUUUCUAAAAACCCACAAUGACAGUCAAAACUGCAAAAUAAACAAUAAUAAACAACAAAUGUUUGAGACCUCAACAUGAACUACUUUCAUAAAGAAAAACAAACAUAUAUCGCAGCAGCGAACUUUCCUCUGACUUACCCACAGCAGUGAGGAACAAAACUGUGAAGGAAAAGGGGGGAAAGGAUGAGCUAUGAGGGCUGGAAUGAACUAGGGGAACCCAGGAGACACAAACAAGGCAGAGUGCAGAAGGGCGACCCCCGCAGGCAAAAACAACAAAACAAUAAAUAAAAAUAACUGAAUAAGAUAAAAUUCAUAAAUUCUCAAUAAAAAAAUAAUUAGAAAUAAUAAUAAUAAAAAACACAUUUGUAAGUCUGGUACAUCUGCAAUUCGUGACUUUGGUGCUAUGUCAUCUAUAACCCAGUGAUUUCAGACUGGAUAACUGCCUAGAACUUAUUUUAGUUUUCACAUAAAACUAGUCCCUUUAUUUUCACAAAUUUAAAACAUAACAUUUUUUAUCUUUGAUGGCCCUAAUAGUCCAUUGUAUGUUAUAGAGGGGUUACCGAAAGUGUUAUCAUUACAAUUUGACAAUGAUUAUUUGAAGUCAAGAGCCAAUGGACUGCUUAAUUUGAAAAAGGGUUUGAGGGUGUAAGUGGUUCUGAUUCACCGUUUUUCUUAUGGUAUUGAAGAAAAUACAAAAUCAACUAUAAAGAAAAAUGGAACAUCUAAAAUGAAUUUACAUCAGAUGCUAAAAUAAAACCAUCUAUGUUUGUCUUGUCUGAUUUUAUUUUUUUUCUUUUAAUCCAUCAGUUCAGUAUUUACAGCAAACAGAGUUGAAGGCAUAUUUUUUCCUUUUGAAUGAUUUGCUGUAUUGUUACUUUUGUGUGUCUAAGGGCGUGUGUAUGUUAACGCAGGCAGUGAAAAUACACUUGUCCUUCAUCACAUUAAUAUAUAAAUGAACCCAAACUCCUAUUCUGACCUUUAAUCAGCUCACAAUCAGUGAAAAAUUGUCAACUCUGACUCAUCCCACAAUCCUGUUGCCAUGGUUACAUCCUUACACUGUAAAAGCCUGUUUUCUUCCCAGCUCUGCACAAUUUGUACAUCUUUUUUUCUUUUUCUUCUUCCUUUUUGUUGCCUUUCUUGCGGUUGGCCCAUCUUAAGGAGUCAUUUAUUUUUCUUCACAGUUUUACAGCAGUGGGAAAUUGUCAGAAUUAAACGUACUAACGAUACAUAUUCAGAAACCUUGAUGUCGGCACAAUUUUUGUCAUAAUUUUGACAGAUUUGAAACAAGAUGUUAACACACACUGUGUCAUACCAACACUUCAUUAGUUUGUUUUUGUUUUUUUUCUGGCUGGCUUUAAAUCAAUCAAAAAUGUCCCAGUUUGAGGUCAGCCAUCGCUACCAAAGUCAUUGAUAUUUCUUUCAUUUAAGAAUAAUAAAACAUAGACUUUUGUAUAAUUAAGGUUUUUUUUUCAAACUUAGAAGUCAAAAAGGAUUUAAGAUCAGAAAGUGAGGGAAGAUUGGUGUGUGCAUUCAGUGCAUUUCACAAAGCCUUUUCUGAACACAGUGAUAAAAAGAGGAAGCCUUCUUUGGUUGGACAGGGGGGGAAUAAUUUGACAAUUUUUCUUGCUGAUUCAGGUGUUCUUUUAUGAUGUUUUUGUCAUCUGUUCUCUAGUUUUUCUCUUUGGAAUUUGAUGCUUUGAAAAUACUGUAUCUUUAAUUCCUCCUUUUGCUUGAAACCGUAGAUGUCUGAGGGUUUUAUCAGCAUUUCAAAAAUGUAAUUAAUGCUGUCACUUGCUAGAACCUGAUAAAUUGGAUUAGCAAAAGUUUCUUGUCUUUUAAUACUUUAUUUUAUUUGUAUAUUAAUCUGCAUUGGGAGUCUUCUUUGCAUAAUUUAUAAUUAAUUCUCUUUCUUUCCUUUUGGUGUAUCGACCUUUUUUCACCGUUUUUAACUGUCCAGAGAACUGAAAGAGCUUUUAUAUGUUCCUCUCUAUCUAGAAGUCAUUUCCUUCAUUUUUAUCUAGCUGGUUGGAUUAUAAUGCCUUUGAGCAUUUACUCCCUAGUGCAGGUUUAACAAGACAGCAGAGACUCCUAGAAAACCAACAACCAGAAAAAUAUUUUGAGAAAAAAAAAAAAAAACUGGGAAGAGACAGCAGCUGAGGAAUAAAGUGGAGAGCAGGAAGCAUCGACCCGAAUGAACAAACCGCGGGUAAUUGAACAUAAAUCGUUUUUUCUUCCCCCUCUGUGUGGUUGAUGUAACUGCUGCUGCAUUGCUAGUCUAACAAACCUUCAUACAUACAACAUGCACACGCCAGCCCUACACACACAUUAUGCAUCAGCAAACACAGCCAAAGCAGUGCACUUUUUUUUUCUGUUUGUGUGCAGGUUUAAAAACUGUUAUUUUGCUUUCAUGUUUAACCAAACCGUUCACAAAGACAUUUAUUGAACAUUUUGUGUUUCGUUAUCAACCUGGAUGUCUGCAGGAGCUGAAAUGGAUUGACUGAAAUGUAAAUAAAAGAUGGAAGUCAGUCAGGAUUGGAUUUUUUUAAAAGUAUUUUAAUGAACUGUUGUACCUCUUUUUGAUGUUUGUUGUUGCUAACUAGAAAACAACUAGCCAUAAAUUAUUGGUAAAAUAUUAAAGGACAUAAGGAAAGUUAUCCUCCAAAUGCUAUGUUAUAACCUUAUCAAGAAAAAGUUAAAAAAAGGAGAAAAUUAAUAGUUUUGGAUGGAUUAUUAAUAAUGAAAAUAAAUGAGGUAAGAAUAAAUAAUUAUUCAAUUAGUCCCGUGGUGAGUAUUCAUGAUACUCCACCUUGGAUAAGUGGAAAAGUUGAAGUUAAUUUAAGUUUAUUGGAAAAAGGCAGAAACAAAAAUAAAUUAGAUAUUAGAAAUUUUGCCUGCAAAAAUUGUCUGAGGAUGUAGUGUUCAGCAGCAUUUUUAGUUUUCGUAGGACAGGUAUUAUGGGAAGAUUAUAGUGGUUUUACUCCAGUCUGGAAGGUGGCGGUAAUGCACCUAUAAGUUGUUUGCCAACCGCCAUAAAACAAAAGGAAGAAGAAGAAGAAGCAGCUACAAUCUGGAAACAACCCUACUUGAAAAUAAAACCGGGAAAAUGUUUGACGCUGAAAAUAAUGGGGGUAGUAUGAAUGUUAACUGAAGCAGAAACACCGCGUGUGCACCCACGAUGAACCGCGUCAGUUUAAGCUGCAACAAAGAGUCUGACAGUGCUGCAGAGGAUCCUUGAUACAGCAGCAGAGCACAAUUGGCAGGUUACCUCCGCUAACUUGGACACAAUGACGGAAAAGACCUUCAUCAAGCUCUUGGCCGAUCUUGACUACAAGGAGGACUUUCAUAUCAUCAUUGACUGUGAACUGGAACGAUUGAACAACAUCCUCAACCUGAUUGCAGCUCAAAAGAGAAACUUGAAGAACUACCAUUACAUCCUGGCCAACUUGGGCUUUCUGGACCUGAACGUCACAGAGUUUCAGAAGUUGGCACCAAAUGUGACAGGCUUCCAGCUGGUGAACCAAACCUGCCCAGCUGUGGAGAAAAUCAAUGAAGACUGGAUGGGCUUUGACAGCAAAGACCUCAAACUGACACGAAAGAGGCUCAAGUACACAGGAGCUCUGACUUACGACGGCGUCAACGUCAUGGUGAAAGCUUUUCAAAACCUGCGGCGGCAGCGCAUUGACAUCUCUCGCCGUGGUAACGCAGGGGAGUGUCUGGCCAACCCACCAGCGCCAUGGGGGCAAGGCAUCGACAUCCAGAGAGCUCUGCAGCUGGUUCGUCUUGAAGGAUUGACUGGUCAUGUUGAGUUUAAUGAGCGAGGACACCGCACCAACUACACAUUGACUGUGAUGGAGCUCAGCCAUAUGGGGCCCCGGAAGAUAGGCUUCUGGAAUGAGAAGAGAGGCUAUGUUCAUACACCCGUCUCCAGGCUGCCAACAGAAGAGGUGGUUAAUCUGAACAAAACCUACAUUGUCACCACCAUAUUGGAAGCUCCCUACAUGAUGCUGAAGAAGAACCACGAGGGGUUUGCAGGAAAUGACAAGUAUGAAGGUUACUGUGCUGAACUAGCAUCUGAGAUCGCCAAACAUGUUGGCUUCACCUACCAGCUAGAACUGGUGAGAGAUGGAAAGUAUGGUUCCAGAGACCCGGAGACAAAGCAGUGGAAUGGCAUGGUGGGAGAACUGGUCUACGGGAAGGCAGAUAUGGCCGUCGCCCCUCUGACAAUCACUCUCGUCCGAGAGCAAGACAUUGACUUCACCAAACCCUUCAUGUCUCUGGGAAUCUCCAUCAUGAUCAAGAAACCAACCAAGUCCAAGCCAGGCGUUUUCUCCUUUCUUGACCCGCUGGCCUAUGAGAUCUGGAUGUGCAUUGUUUUCGCCUAUAUUGGAGUCAGUGUGGUGCUCUUUCUGGUGAGUCGUUUCAGUCCCUAUGAGUGGCAAGGUGAAGAGUCAGAUGAAGAAGAUGAAUAUGUUCCAGCUUCAGCAUCUCAACGAGCUCCUCCCACUUCAUACUCAGAAGACCCUCACUCUCCAGGUUACUCUCAGGCUCAGAAUCAGAACAUGAACCAGCAGAAAGAUAAAGAAACUCCUGAACACACUAACGACUUUGGGAUCUUUAAUUCUCUCUGGUUCUCACUUGGGGCCUUCAUGCAGCAGGGCUGUGACAUCUCCCCCAGAUCUCUCUCAGGUCGAAUUGUUGGAGGGGUGUGGUGGUUUUUCACCCUCAUCAUCAUCUCUUCCUACACAGCCAACCUGGCAGCUUUUCUCACUGUGGAGAGAAUGGUAUCCCCCAUAGAGAGCGCAGAAGACCUAGCCAAGCAGACCGAGAUCGCCUAUGGUACACUUGAAGGGGGCUCUACUAAAGACUUCUUCAAGAGGUCAAAGAUUGCUGUGUUCGAAAAGAUGUGGUCAUACAUGCGCAGUGCAGACCCGUCUGUAUUCGUAAAGAGCACCAAUGAGGGGGUAAUACGAGUCAGAAAGUCAAAAGGGAAGUAUGCCUAUCUACUUGAGUCCUCCAUGAACGAAUACAUCGAGCAGAGGAAACCCUGUGACACCAUGAAAGUAGGAGGAAACCUUGACUCUAAGGGUUACGGAGUGGCCACUCCCAAAGCAUCGCCCCUCAGAAACCCUGUUAACUUGGCAGUGUUAAAACUGAACGAGCAGGGCCUGUUGGACAAAUUGAAAAACAGAUGGUGGUAUGACAUGGGAGAGUGCGGCAUCGGGGGAGGGGACUCCAAGGACAAGACAAGUGCGCUCAGUUUGAGUAAUGUUGCUGGAGUAUUCUACAUUCUGAUUGGUGGACUUGGGCUGGCCAUGCUGGUGGCAUUGGCUGAGUUCUGCUACAAGUCUCGGAUCGAGUCCAGGAGGAUGAAGGAAUUAAUUGACGCAGCCAUGAUGACUACCAGCCUCAGAGGGAUGGCAGGUGGAGUUGGGGGUGAUGCAGUGGCAACAGGACGCGGGGGAGAGAACGGCCGCGUGGUGGCGCACGACUUCCCGAAGGCUGGAGCUCAGGGUUUACCCUGCAUGAGCAAAGCAGCAGGGCGGGGACUGUCCUCCACGGGCAUGUGACAUAAACCCAGCUAGCUGAUUGGAUGCAAUUCUCAUGUCUUUUGAAAAGGGUUGACUGAGAGAAAUAGACCUAAGUUAGCAGACAAGAUGAGAAAAGUUGAUCAAAUAGGUAAACUGAGAAAGAAUUAUUUAAUACAAGAAAUAUCAAACGGAAGUUCAGAUGUAAACAUGGAGAGUGUUACAAAGCAGGCAGACUAAAGGAUGUUCAUGUUACACUUAAAUGGCCCAAAUGCAGCCGAACUCUAAUAUACAGAGAGGACCUAAAUACUCCACCUGAGCAGCAGAAAGCUCCUGAAGUCAGCUGGGCUCAACAUCAACUGGAAUUACUUUUUCUACAAACGCUGUCUUAUACUGAACUCCUUGUCUUCUGCAAUAACAGGAUCUAUUUUUUUUAAGCUUCAUAAUUGCUGAAUUAGUGCACUGUUUUUUCUCGCUCUUUGAUUCUUUUUUUCCCCUUCUCGUUCAGAUUCAAAGGCAUAGCUGUCUCAGAUUCACAUUAACACCACUCUUCUGGGGCUGAGAUAUUUGAGCAUGUUUGAAAUGUUUGUUUACUCUGAAACACAGACUGUGAUGUAAAACCUGAAGAAAAUGUUGAUCUAAACAGAUGGCUGUCUUGAUGAUAACAUUGUUAAGCUGCAACACAGUUGUUAGAUAUUUGUACUGUGUAGUUUACUUGGAUGAAGGUAAGCCAGAUACAAAAAUUUCUAAAGCCUGAUUGUAUUCAUAACAAGACGUUGUUGGCCACGGUGAAAUGAACGUUUGUGUUGAAAAUUAUACUAAUGUGUAGUAAUCUCAUCCUGAUAAGAUAAAAAAACUGCAAAAAACUACAAUAUAAACAACACAUGACAUAUUACACUGCAUUUGUAUUUCCUUUAAUAGAACUAAACAGAAAGAAGCAGUGUACAGAGGGAUUCACGGUCAAUUCAUCGACAGGAAGACCCAUGUCUCCUGUGGCUGGAAAAAGUCCUUAUCAUCACAGUUCAACCAUAAUGCUUGACAGUUGUAAUAAUGUGAAUUGAAAUGUAUGUUUGGUUUUCACCAAACAUGAUGCUGUGGAUAAUAGCCAAAUCUAUGAUUUUUACUCAUUUGUCCAAAGAACAUUGUUGUGGAAGUUUUGUGGUUUAUUGAGGUUACGUUAACACAGCAAGUGUUGAUGCUCCAUAUUGAUUUUUUGUUUAUUUAUUUAUUUAUUUAUUUAUUUAUUUAUUUAUUUUUGCAGGAGUCUAAUGGGGUUUCUUUUGCAUGAUCUACUGAACUGUACUACUGUACUACUGAAUGACGCAACCACAAUCAGGAAGGCCAUUGCCUUCCUGUGCAAUGGCCAUUAGGCAUUGCAGAGGCUCGCUCCCACUCAGCUGUAAAAAGCGCCUGAGUGGGAGCGAGCCUCGCCUUACAGACACAGUUUCCAAGCUUACAAGCUUCCGCCUCUCAGAGCAGCCUUCCCCGGCGACUUUCCCACUCAGAUUAGCAAGCAGCAAUUAGCAAACACCUGGUGGAACCACACAUCUGCUGAGCUCAUUGCGUCAACUGCUUUUCAGAGAAACGCUCCAAUGAAGAAUGUUAAAGGCUUAAUAGAGGAGUAAUGUGAUAACUUCCUGAAGGUGGAGUGUUGGAAAGAGCAUGAAUGUCUUAAAGAGACAAAGGCCCAAUUUCAAUGCGUUAACUCACCAUUUCUUUUAAGUGAUAUUUAAAAUAAACAGCAUUUUCGUAAUUACUGAAGGUAACAUCGUUAAAAUAAUUGGAUUUGGUUUGCAUUCACCUGCUACGUGACUAGCUGUUAAACUUGCAAAUCAAAAUUGCGCUUAUAAAGAAAACUUUCAUGCCAAAAAUUUUAACUGGUUGACUCAGUGCUCUUUGGUUUUAAUAUUUUUCUAAGUGUUACACACUCCAAUCUUCUCACUGUAGGAGUACUCUGGGAGUAGUCGUAUAAUCCUUCUCCAAUCUUUAGCCACGAGUUACAUCUUUAUUGUGUUUGCUGAUGUCUUUCCAAUUUAACAGAGGAGUUUUAGUGAAUUUAAUGCACAUUUGGCUGCUAAACUGAAGCAAUAAUGAUGGACCUACUGCAUCAGCAAUUUGGCUAAAAUGCUAAAUAUUGUGACAAAGAAAAAUCAGAUUUCCUCUUUUUGGUUAUUUUACAAUAAGGAGAAAAAAUGAUUUCUCAUAUAUAAAACCUUCAGGUUGAAUAAAGGCUUGCCAAUUUUUUCUUUCUUUUGACUGAUGAGACCGUGUCUUACCUUUACAUUGUUGCAGUUAAAAGAUUCUAAUUUUGCACUACUGAAUAGUGUGUUGGGUUUUUUUAGUCGGGCUGCUGUCAAACAAGAACUAAGCUGAUUUAUGUUUUAUGUUUUAGGAGAUAAGACAGUUAACCAAUUACAUGUAUAUGCAAUUCACUCAAGCAUAGAAUGCAGAGCAUUGAGACAGGCACCAGUAAAAAUGAAUGUCUUCUGUUUUAGUGCUGGAUUUUAGUCAUCAAAAUGGUGAACAGAUCACAAGUGAGAUAUUUUUAAACAAACAGAAAAGCAAAAAAAAAUUAAUUAUUUAAUCACGUUAAAAUUGGAUCAUUACUUUUUUGAAGUACAUGUUGUGAGGUUUAUAAUCAAUUAGAAUAAAUUUUAAGACAAAGGUUAUUACAGGAUUGAUUGGAAUGUAGUAAAAUGAAAAUAAAUCAUGUAUCAGAAUUUAUAUGACUAACCUUUAACUUAUCACAACAUAAUGUUUUCAGAAAGGGCCUGGCUGUUUCGGGGUGGGAUGGGGGUGUAUGAAGUUCUCCAGAAUUUACCCACAAACUUAUCAUUGCAGCAGUAUUAGUAUUUUACUUCACUUUUAGAUUGGAAGGUCAGAAAUAAAAUAAUUACAUUUAUUUUCCUUGAAUGAUAGAUAACCUGGGCUUCUCUGCAUAAUCUUCUUAUUUAUGAGUUAACAUAUUUUAAU